CGCGCGCGCACACACACACACACACACACACACACACACACAACGGUGGUGGCGGCGGCUUAAAGGGGCUUCGCGUGCUCGUGAGAUUUUGUUUUUGGGAUUGUUGUGCAAAUCUGAUCUUUGUUACGACCCGGAAAAAACCAAAGAUAAUAAACCCCCCUGAUAAAGCAAGCCGCGUUUGUGAGGAUGGACUGCGGCCCAUAAGAGCGGCGCGAUCACGGGAGCGAGCCGGACAAAGCGAGCCGAGAAGAUGAGCGCGAGCACAACGGCGUCGUGUCGCUUCGCCCAUUACUUCGUGUUAUGUGGACUGGACACGGACACGGGCCUCGAGCCCGACACUCUCACGGCUUUGUACCAGUGGCUCGAGGCUGAACGUCAGGGCAGAGACCCAGAUGCAGUGACAGCAGGUGAGAACUUUGACCAGAGUCCCCUCAAACGGACCUUCAAAUCCAAAGUGCUGGCUCACUACCCCGAGAGCGUCGACUGCAACCCGUUUGACCAGGAUGCCGUCAACAUGCUCUGCAUGCCGAAAGGCCUGUCGUUCCGCACUCAGAAGGACCCCCUGACUCCGAAGUUCCACUCGUUCCUCAUCACGCGUGAGGAUGGCUCGCGCACCUACGGGUUCGUCCACACCUUCUACGAGGAGGUGACCAGCACUCAGAUCCGCUCAGCCAUGCAGACUUUGCACCAGAUGCACCACGCAGAGCACGCCUCGUCCCACACCUGCCCUUCAUCAUCAUCUUCGUCCUCGUCCUCCUCCUCGAGCAUGGACUCGUUAACCAGCAGCUCAGACGAAACCGAGUCUCUGUCGUGUUCAGUGCGUCCGAGCUGUUGUAACUCGUCAAGCUACAACGCCGAACAGGACACGCUGUACGUCUCAAAAGCACUGUGUCUGAUCACGCCCAUGCCCUUCAUGCACGCGUGUCGCCGCUUCCUGUCGCAGCUGCACAGAGCCGUCGCAGCCCAGCAACCCCCGCCCCUGCCGUUAGAAAGCUACGUACACAACGUGCUGUAUGAAGUCCCGCUUCCGCCCCCAGGACGGUCCUUAAAGUUCCACGGUGUCUACGAGCCCAUCGUGUGCCAGCGGCCCGGACCGGCCGAGCUCCCGCUCGCGGAUUUUCCUCUGGGUGAGACUUUUCGGCUGCUGGGCGUCGAGAACCUGGUGCAGCUCUUCACCUGCGUCCUGCUCGAGAUGCAGGUUCUGCUUUACUCGCAAGAUUAUCAGAAGCUGAUGGUGGUAGCAGAGGGGAUCACCACGCUCCUCUUUCCAUUCCAGUGGCAGCAUGUGUAUGUCCCCAUCCUCCCUGCAUCCCUGCUGCACUUCCUGGAUGCCCCUGUUCCCUACGUCAUGGGCUUGCAGUCGAAAGAGGGCACGGACCGCUCCAAACUUGAACUGCCUCAAGAGGCAAACCUUUGCUUUGUGGACAUUGACAAUCAUUGCCUGGAGCUGCCUGAGGAUUUUCCACAGUUCCCCAACAAGGCUGAGUUCAUCCAGGAGCUGAGUGAGCUGCUGUCCAGCUAUGGCUUGCCUCUCGAAGGAGGCACGGUGUCGCCCCCACCCACCACCGUUCAAACACACGUGACUGGGACGGAAGCUCUGAGAGACUUGGUGGACGGGAAGAAUGGAAAUCUGCCACUAGACGUCGUUGAUGUGCUGCAGGGAAACCCGACUCUGGAGCGUCUUCAGGCUCUGGCUAAGCGCACAGGGGUGAAGGUGGCACGUCUGGAGGAGCUGGUGGCCGGGCAGAAGGCUUUGGCAGAGGAGAACACAGGGGCACUGAGGACUGGCAUCGAGCCAGAGGAGCUAAGAAACGCCAAGUUAAACGUGCAGCUCAGGGAGGUGUUCGCGGCUCGAUUUGUCACGAUGUUCGCCGAUUACGAGGCGUUCGUCAUUCAGAACUCGCCAGAUCUGGAGUCAUGGCUGUCCAAUCGGGAGCAGAUGCACAACUUUGACAAGGCUUCCUUCCUGUCAGACCAGCCGGAGCCGAACCUGCCUUUUCUGUGUCGCUUCAUCGAGACCCAGAUGUUCGCCACCUUCAUCGACAAUAAAAUUUUGUCCCAGUGGGAGGAGAAGGAACCCCUGCUGCGCGUGUUUGACGGACGCAUCGAGAAGGCCCGCCUAUACAACGUACGCGCUCCCAGCCUACGCUCCUCCGUCUACCAGAGGUGCACCAUCCUCAAUGAAUCCGCUCAGGCCAUCGAGCAGCGGCUAAUGAAAAUUGAUCAUGCUGCCAUCCAUCCGCACUUGUUAGACAUGAAGAUCGGCCAGGGCAAAUACCAGCAGGGCUUCUUCCCUAAGCUCCAGUCGGACGUAUUGGCCUCAGGGCCCACUAACAACAAGUGGUCUAAUCGAACGGGCGCCACUCAGAAACGGAGGGAGUUUCAGAGACAGCAACCAGACCACCAAGGCCUGGACAAUGACCUUAGAGAGCCAGUCAAUGUGGGUUUGGUUGUGAGAUCUAUGGAUUCCUGGGAAGUGGUCAAGGUGUCAACCCAUCAUGUAAAACCACCAAAAAAAGCCUUCUCGACCAGCAGCAUGAAGUACUUGCAGGAGGCACGUAGUCUUGGGAAAAACCUGAGGCAACCCAAGCUGUCUGACCUUUCUCCUGCGGUCAUUGCACAGACCAACUCUAAGUUUGUGGAGGGUUUAUUGAAGGAAUGCAAAAUGAAGACUAAGCGCAUGCUGGUGGAGAAGAUGGGUCGAGAGGCCGUGGAACUUGGCCACGGCGAGGCGAACAUCACCGGUCUGGAGGAGAACACGCUUAUUGCCAGUCUGUGUGACCUGUUGGAGAGGAUAUGGAGCCACGGCCUGCAGGUCAAACAGGGAAAGUCUGCAUUAUGGUCCCAUUUAAGGCAUUACCAGGACAGAGUGGAGAAGAUGGAGCAGCAGGUGGAGCCAUCAGUGUCUAAUGGUCAGGAGAAGCGGAGGUCAGACUCCUGUAUGGGGCUGUCAGUGCUGCGAGUGUCAGUUGUACAGGACAUGAGACACAUCCAGAGCAUGGGCGAGAUCAAGACUGAUGUAGGGAGAGCACGAGCCUGGAUUCGUCUGUCAUUAGAGAAGAAGCUGCUCUCACAACACCUCAGAGAGUUGCUUUUUAAUCAGGCUAUAACCAAGAAGCUGUAUAAGCGCUAUGCCUUCCUACGGUGUGAAGAAGAGAAGGAGCAGUUUCUUUUCCACCUUCUGAGUCUGAACACCGUCGACUACUUCUGCUUCACCAGCGUCUUCACCACAAUCAUGAUUCCGUACCGCGCCGUCAUCAUCCCCAUCAAGAAGCUGAGCAACGCCAUGACCACAUCCAACCCCUGGGUGUGCGUCUCUGGGGAACUCGGCGACUCAGGCGUCAUGCAGAUCCCGAAGAACGUUCUAGAGAUGACGUUUGACUCUGCCUUUAGGGCUCACACGCACCUCUCCAUCCCCUUCAAGCGUCAGAACCUGGGGAAGCUGACCACUGUGCAAUUGGGCCACGAUAACGCUGGACUUCUGGCCAAGUGGCUGGUGGACUGCGUGAUGGUUCGCAACGAGAUAACGGGACACACUUAUAAAUUCCCGUGCGGGCGUUGGCUGGGGAAAGGUGUAGAUGACGGCAGUCUCGAGCGAAUUCUAAUAGGCGAAUUGGUGUCUCCGUGCAACGAGGAGGAGGGGGGCCGAGGGUCCAAGACUCCGCCCCCUCAGCGCUCGCCCACGCAAAUCCGCCGAAUCAGUAUUAGUUCCAUCACCGGCCGAGGCAGCAAACCAACAGCAGAUCAGAUUCAGGAAGCCAUCAGUGAAGCCGUCAACAACAUUGUCAAGCAUUUCCACAAACCAGAGAAGGAGAGAGGAAGUCUGACCGUGCUGCUGUGUGGAGACGGAGGUCUGGUGGGGGCAAUAGAGCAGUUCUUCUACCACGGCUUCCGUACGGCUCGUCUCUUCCAGAAAAGCGUCUUUCUCUGGGACUUUAUAGAGAAGACCGUGGUGUAUAUGGAGAGUUCUGAUCAGAUGGGAGAACUGCAGCGGUUAGCCGAACCCAUCGGGUCGAGCCGCAACUCACUCUGUCGCUACGCCAAUGCUAUCAACAACACGUCACGCAACUUGGGCAAAGAUGGCAAAUUUCAGCUUCUGGUCUGCCUAGGGGCAAGAGAUCGCCUGCUGCCUCACUGGCUCCCCCUGCUGCUCGACUGUCCCAUUGUCUUGCGUAUGUACGAGGAGACGGCGCUGCUGCGCGACAACCUCGCCGCCAACUUUCUCAUCAGCGUCCUCAAGUCUCUGCACGACUUCCGCAUAACUCUAGAGACCUCCCUCACCAAAGGGGUGGAGCUAUAGCCUCAAAGAAAAGUUCAAAACAUGUCUCCAUCUCUAGCUUCAUCCACCACUUCUGAUCUUUCUGCCUCUGCUGCCUCUGCUGCUUUUAAGGAGUUCGGGACACGAACCUGCUCCAGACUGACACAGCUGCUCCUGACAUCACCGAGGGAGGAUGGAAAAGAUUUUUUUGAAAGAUUUUUUGGAGAGUUGCUGCAUUUUAAAGAAGAACCUUGACCCGGUUUCUGAAUCCUGCUUGCGGUCGGACAGUUUCCCGCGCCCGUACGUCUGACGGCAUUUCAACACACCUUUCAUGCGAGCCUGUAGAAAAGGUAUAUGUUGUAUAGUAUUACAGAAGUUUCGUAUUAACCAGCAUCAGAACCAAAUCACACGUGUUAACAGGUGCAGUCAAUGACCAAAUGAUUGAUUCUGUAUCUUAUAUUAUUCGGGUGAGAAGAUUUCCGGCAGGUGGAUAGUUAGUGAAGAAAGUGAACAGAUUGGAUCAGCUUUUUUUUUUGUUUUUUUUUUUAGAUGAACCUGCAUUAGUGACUGACAUUCCAGUGUCAUGUGACGAGAAUUGGAGCAUGUGAUUUAUUUUGCCGGUCAGUAUUAACUUGAGUUGUGUGUUGGACGAAAGAAAACGUAUAUUUAUCAACAAAAAAAAAAGAAACACUGGAAGAAGAAAAAGCAAUAAUAUGAUAUUUUUCUUCUGGACGAAAAAUGUAACCACUGAAAUUACCAGCUUUUUUUCUUUAAGGGUUUUUUUUUUUUCCCACAUUUUGAGCUUAUUUGAAAGCCCCUGUAAUUUAUCGAAUUGACCUGCUGCAAUUGCUCAUUGGAGCUCAUUUCCUAAGGAGUGUUUUAUGGGUUUGUGAGACACACAUGCACGUUCGAUUUCUUUCUAUGCACCAAACAUUUACUUCGCGACACUUUAUUUUUAUUAUAAAAACAGCUUUACACACACUCAGCAUUCUCCAAACGUUCAGCCGAAACACUUCGCCGUGCCUCGAAGAUGUUCUUCACUAGUUGGAGAUUUCUUGUUUAUCCCAAAGCAAUCUCCAACUAGUGAAGAUGUUCUUCACUAGUUGGAGAUUUCUUGUUCAUCCCAAAGCAGUUCAAUAGGAUUUAGAUAUCACUCCAGACGACUGUCUGCUCUCUAAAUGACGCUUUUAGAGCUUACAGACUCAUCGUCUUGUUGUACGUUGAAGUCGGUUCCAAUUAACCGCAGUCCAGACUGAAUUGUAUGGAAUGGGAGCCGUGUUGGUUCAGGAUUCUUUUUUACUUCCUGGAGCCUUCCCAAUCCAAAACAACCUCAAACCCAGAGGCUUUCACCUCCAUGUUGGAUUGUGGGGGUGAGGCAGUCUGAUCACAUCUUCUCUCCUGUUCUCUGUCUUACUCAAGUUCUUCUGGUAGAGACAAACAUCUCACAUUUGUUGCAUAGAAACUAAAGGAACGUUCAUGUGGCUGAAAAACCGUAAAAGACUCCACACUUUUCCCAGCCUUUGUACAGUACUGUAAUAUCUGUAUUACAGAAAGAGCUUAAUGACAUGUACGGACUGAUAUUUGCUGCAGGGAAGUGAGCUCGCAUUAUACAGUGUUCGAAUCUGUUAUGGUGUGCAUCUGCCGGAAGGAGCAUGUGUGAUGUAUAGUUUCUUUUUUUUUUAACGUUCAGGAUCACUUCUGUAUAUUUAUUUAUUUUUUAAACGAAGCUUUUUUUGCGACACUGGUUGAAUUGUGUAUAGCGCCGGAUGUACAAGCGAUUCGUUUAACUGAGACGUCUCUUCCUGACGUCGCGUGUUUGCCGACUCAUUGUUGGUUGGUUCUGACUGUGUGUGAUAUCGGUAAAUAUUUACCUGUGUAAAAUCCGCUUUGUUUUCCGUUCAAAAAAAAAAAAAAAAGGCAUUAAAGGAGCUCGCAAACACGCGAUAACACUGGAUCCAUUCCCUCUUGGCCUUAAUGCUUCUGCAUGCUCAAGCUGGGAAUUUUAGGAAAAUUUUGUUGAAAUUUAGGUCCUGAUUUUGACCAGGAACUUGACCACUUUCUUUUUUUUUUUUUUUUUUGAGUGAUUUUUUUGAGCUUUUUUUCUGAUUGCUGCAGAGUGAAUGCUUCUCAUUGGAUCUACAGAAGCAACUUAAUUUUCCCAUCUGUCAGAAGUUACUGCUGUAUUCAUACUGUUUCUGGAACCUUUCAUUAAAAUCACUGUGUUUACGAUC